AUUAGAAGUUGUUUGGCUUUCGCGCCGGCCACAGCGCAAAUACGCGCAUAACAUCAGCUGGGAAUCUCUUUUUUUAUAUAUACAUGUUACUGACCACGGAGCGAGGAGAACAAUCGAAUGCCUUCAUUGAGAAGACCGCCACAAACACCAGCGGAUUUCUUCGUGAUUAACCCACUUCGGAGGACCGAGGUCCUUCUUGCCUGCAUUAUUUACUCUGAUAUACCUGGAGAAUCUGCUCAACCCUCGUCACGAUGCAGCUCAGGACAGUUUCGGACGUAAAGGUGGUGGACGUGGAGAAGAGACGUCACCCCUCAAAGCAUUACGUGUAUCUCAUCAAUGUAACUUACUCCGACACCACCUCCCACGUCAUCUACAGAAGAUACAGCAAAUUCUUUGACCUUCAGAUGCAGAUUCUUGACAAGUUCCCAAUCGAGGGAGGGCAGAAAGACCCUAAAAAGAGGAUCAUCCCUUUCUUACCAGGUAAGAUCCUGUUCCGUAGAAGUCAUGUAAGAGACGUGGCCAUGAAAAGACUGCGCUUCAUCGACGACUACUGCCGGGCCCUGGUGAGGCUUCCGCCCCAGAUUUCCCAGAGUGAGGAAGUGCUGCGCUUCUUCGAAACAAAGCCAGAGGACCUCAAUCCCCCUGUCGAGUGA